GGUAUAUUAUGCAGGAAUAUUUCCAUCUUCUACAUUGGCCGGAUGGAUCCUCAGAUAUUUGUCUUUAAAGCCAAGAAAUCAAUUCGUAACAUCAUAACCCGCAAUUAUCAGUUGCCACUCAGCAAAGCCUCCAGGCACGCAAUCCACAUUUCGAGGUGGUAUCAAGCGUCAGUAAUACCUACACCAUGUCUGCGCCAGCCCAAACUGGCAACGGCAACGAGAGCGGCCUCCUGGACUUUACAAAUAUCAAGAAGUGGAUUGCCCUCCAGGAAGCAUCACAGAGAGAUACCGGUCGGCCGACGUCACUGACCCCAGCGCAGCUAAAGGCCAUUAGGGAACUCAACCAGGCAGCUCUGGUGGCUUUUGCGCCGGUGGAGCCCAAGCCCGACAGGAACUGGAUUGGCCUUCUUCACAUGUACCGGGAUGCCCACCCGGAUGGCAGUGCGAUAGAGUUCGUGGACGAGGACCGGGGUAUGGACCCGCGUGGUGGUGGAAGCCUCUGGUGCAGCUUCGUCACUCUGCCCGAGGCCAAGGGGUUGCGAUUUCCGGGUCCCCAUAAUGCCGUGAACCCGGAUGGUACCCUUCCCUCCUUUGCGAAAAAGAAAGAUGCGAAACAAUUUGCGGCUCGUUGCGCCGUCGAGUGGCUGAUGCAGCAGCAGCUCAUGCCGGCAAAUGGGGAAAGCGUGGUAUUCAAAAAGGCUAGGAUCCAGACCCCUACGGUCAUUAGAGAAGCACCACACAGGGCCGUCGAGCACGCGACGACCACUGCAUCAGCCUCGCAGCCCCCCUUGCACCAAACCAAAACUGGUCAACCCGCCACCGAUCCCGGUGCUGUGGCGGAGAGCACCAAGGACGAAGCGUUGGGGGACCGUAGCUUCGUCAGCCAGGUCGAACAGCUUUGCACCCAGCUAGGCUACGGGAGGCCAACAUACGUCCUCAGGCAAGCCGAGAACACCCAGAUAUUCUCCGGCUGGGCGGACUGGCGGGAUGAGAUGCGGGUCCCUGCUUCCGUCGGCGUCGUCAAGGAUGUUUGGGGAAAGAAACAUGCCAAAGAGAAGAUUGCGGAGCAGAUCCUCAGUCACCUUGAACAAGUCCAGGCCAAGAGAAUGGAGAAAGUCCGGGCGAUAAUGGAAAAGUGCCAGAAAAUGUAUUCGGCCGAAUGAAUGAGCUUUGUUAUGGGUCUAUACUCAUGAUAAACGCUGUGGUAAUGAACAAAAUUUAUGCCCAGUCACUGAGCCGUCGAAGGAAAUGGUUGACUUGUACACUAAAGAGCAGUGACGGUUACAAAACCCUCCAUAUUGCUCCGGCACGGGGAGUGUCGUCUUGAGCAUCGUCUAUUGCAAUCUUUUCAACCCAGUCACUCUCUUGCUUGAGAGCUUCCCUCUCGAUCUGCUCCAUUGACUUGAUCUCCUCUAGCAUGUCGUGGGAGAGGGAACGACAAGCGGCAAGAAUCACGGUUAGGCUCGACUGCUCCUCCUCAAUUUCAGUACUGUGUUUCCCUGAUGGUUUCUGGGCACUAUCAUCCACACCGCCCUCCAAAUACCUCAAGUCCGUACGCCAGUUGUCCAGCUUCCUGGCCAUCGAUGCACACUCGUCAUGCCACGCAGCGUCUAGCUCAGAGAUGAAGACGAACUCGUCGUCGACGUCGAAGACUCCACAUUCUCGCCUGUCGUUUACGUAUCGUAAAUGUUCAAGCCACUUUUCAAACUGCCGUACCACCCGCGCGUGCCGGCCACCAGGUUCGCUAAGUUCCCAAAGACCCGACAAGACCGCAUCCAGUGCCUGCACCUUCUCCUCGAGCUGGCGCGGGUCGUGGGCUCCGCCGCGUCGAACCCAGGCAUCCAGCGCCUGGGCGUUCACAUCUUCGGUCCUCCUUGCCUUGGCCUGCGUGACAGCCGCGUU